AUGGGUGGAAUAGCCGCCUUCUGUACGGGAUGUGUUCUUCCCAGCCUCCAGGUGGCGGUGUCGCACUCUAUUCAGCUCCGUUAGUGGCCAUGCGUGGCCGCCCGAGCACCUUGUCGACAGUACACUAUGGUGACAGCGGCGGGGGCAGGUCACAAUGUGCGGCCCGAACGGAGCGAGGGAACGGGAGAGAACCGGGGGCCGAGCACCGAGUGAGGGAGUUUUGGAGGAUGAAUUACCAGCCGGUCCCCAGCGAAGAGGCGGCCCAUGGAGCCAGGCGCCACAGCCAGGAGCACAGCUCGACUCAUGCUGUGAAAGACUUCAGACUCGGUAAUACUCAGGGCUGCCCAGAGUUGGUGUGCAGUUGGAUUCUGAUCGUCCUUGCUUGUAUCUUUAUGGUCCUCACUUUUCCAGUCACAGGCUGGUUUGUGCUAAAGUCGGUGCCGAAGUAUGAGCGGUUUGUUGUGUUCCGCUUAGGAAGGAUUCUAGGCAGCAAAGGCCCUGGAAUGAUCCUCCUGUUGCCUUUCAUUGACCGGUGGCAGAAAGUUGACCUCCGAUCUAAAACUUUCAUUAUUGCACCAUUUGAGGCAAAAUGUAAAGAUGGAGCCCUGAUCACUGUGGGUGCAGAAGUGCAGUACCGUAUCUGGAAUCCAGUCCUGUCAGUGGCACUAGUGGAGGAUACUGACAGCACUACGGCUUACAUUGCACAGAAUGUAAUGAGGCGCUUGAUGCACAAGGAAACCCUGGCGCAAAUCCAGGAUAACAAAAGUAAAACUGGAGAAGAGUUAGCGUUUGAGGUCAACAGAAAAGCCAAGCACUGGGGUAUGGAAGUGCAACGGGUGGACCUGAUUCUGCACAGUGUGUUAAACGAACCGAAAGAGGAUCAACCAGACUCCCAGACCCCUCCACCCAGCAGUCGACUAGACAAGCUUCCUGCUCCUCUACGGAAGUUGGCCACGCAAAUGCUGCAAAGCAGACGAUCUCCACAACCAGUGCAGCUUUCUUCACAUUCCAGUGAGAGCGAAGACAGUGUUCGGACCUCAUCUGAAAUGUCUGAAUCUGAAGAUCUAGAGAGUGACAUUGUCAAUCCAGACUGGAUACUUUCUAAAGUGAAAGCAUUCCUUUCUGAGGACCUCGUGAAACAGAUUGGAGCCCGUUAUCUUUUCACUGUUAACCAGAAGGAUGGGACUCAAAAUUUGUAUUUUCUGGACCUUAGCAGAGAUUCUGGAAGUGCAGGCUACGGCAUGCCUGAAGGAGACCCUGAUGUCACUCUGGAAGUGACAGAAGACACCAUGCAGGCUUUGUUCUCAGGGGACCUCAAGCCCUUUUCUGCCUACAUGAGUGGACGGAUACGCAUACAAGGUGAUUUGAAACUCGCAAUGAAGCUGGAGGAUCUCAUCAAGAAGCUGAAUCGAUGAUGCAGCAAAAAAGUGCACACCCUGCCUGCCCCAGACACAGACUCCCAAGUAUCAUGUCUUGUAUUUUAUUUAUUUUUGCUAAUUUUGCUGUACUAUCGUAUUGUUCGUAGUUUUUAUGGAUGCAUUUUGGUUAUAAAAAAUAUUUGUAAUGCUAGAUUGGACUGCCAUGCUAUACUAUCUAAUUCUCCGGUAUGCGGCAGCAGUUAGCUUUGCAUGCCUCUGAAUCUCCCAAGUGUCUCUAAGGAGUGAGUGGUUAUGGUCCGGAAUAUGUUGCCUGAGGAUGCUAUUAGAGGCAGAUUCAGUUGUGACUUUUAAAAAAGGAACUGAAUCUGCCCUUGGAGAGGAGAUUUGCUGGGCAGUGGGACUGAUCGGAUGACUCUUUUAAAGGUCUGGCAAGAGAUGUUAGGCCGAGUGGCAGCAUCUUGCAAGAUCACUCAAGUGGCUGAAAUUCUUGUGGUUUUGUACAAGUCUAACAAUGAAGAUUAAUUAGACCAUAGUGCCUUAGUCCUUUUAUUUAAAAAAAGUAAUAAUUUAAAUAUUUGGUGGAUUAGCAAUUCUAUUACUCACAGUAAAAAUUAACCUCUAGAUGAUUUUGAUAAUGCUGUCCAUUGGAGCUGCCAGUUUUCCUAUGUUAGUGGUAACUUGCGUCAAAAAGUACUUCAUUCAUUACAAAUUGCAAUGGGCCAUUCUGAGGCAAUGAAAGGCGUUAUGUAAAUGCAAGUGUCCUUACUUUUUAAUGCUGACUUCUCUGAAGGUGAAUUGCAGGAAACACUAUUAGCUAGGUCUGUGAAUGCUUGAAAGCUAAUUUUGUCUUAAUUUUUACUGUCAAAUUAAUUUAGAGUUAAAACAAUGGGAAGAGCAUAGUGCAAUAUUGAUUGUUUAUAAAAAUGUAAUCAAGCUGAAAGAGAAAUUCUGAUCGAUUUCUGAAUUUAUUAGCUGCAAUAUGAAAUCCAAGAUACCAAAUUUCUGUACUGGGAUUGAAAUAAAUUGUCACAGUUUGUAAA